AUGAAGCACCGUGAGGAAAUAUUGGAACUAAUAAAAGAGAAAUAUUCAAAAGCAUUGCAAUCUCGUUUUGCUGAUAAAAUGCGUACUGCUAAAGGGUUUUACAGAUUAGAAAUGUCUCCACCGAAAGUUGACGAAAUUAAGAGGUUACAAGAAGAUUUGGCCCUAGUGAAGGAUUUCAUUAAGAAUAAAUGCUACAAUCAAAUAACCGUAAAACAAGCUUGGUUACUCUUUCUCGUGGGAUUGGAAAUAGGGCUUUGGUUCUUUUUAGGAGAAACCAUUGGGAAAUUUCAUAUUGUUGGAUAUAAAGUCUGA